AUGCCUCCACAUGAGCUUCAUGCAAUGAGUUCACCUUGGACCUUCAUAGCUUGGGGCAUGGAUGUUAUCGAACCAAUAGAGCCAUCGGCAUCAAAUGGACAUAGAUUUAUUUUAGUCGCCAUCGAUUAUUUCACUAAGUGGGUUGAAGCGGCUUCGUACAGAGCUGUCACUAAGAAAGUGGUUGCGGAUUUCGUCAGGAAUAACUUGAUUUGCCGGUUAGGAGUACCGGAAGUGAUCAUUACUGAUAAUGGGGAAAACUUGAAUAGUCAGUUGAUGAAAGAAAUUUGUGAUCAGUUCAAGAUUGUGCAUCACAACUCGACUGCAUAUCGUCUCCAAAUGAAUGGAGCUGUGGAAGAGGCCAACAAUAAUAUCAAGAAGAUCUUGAGAAAGAUGGCCGAAAAUGAUAGAUCAAGGCAUGAUAUGUUACCUUACGCUUUUCUAGGGUAUCGCACAACAGUUCAAACUUCCACCGGGGCGACCCCUUAUUUACUUGUCUAUGGGAAUGAAGCUGAAGCUGGGAUGAGUAACGAAGAUUGGGUCCGCGCUCGCCAUGAGCAACUCAUGUUGAUUGAUGAGAAGAGAAUGGUCGCU